AUGGCUACUGCAGAAGUUCUAAACAACGUCGAUCUCCUCGGACCCCAGCAAAAGCAAAUCAACCUUGGAGCGGACUUCGAAAAAUCCGACGACCCGUCAACAAGCAAAGCCGCCUUCGACCCCGUGAAGCUCAAGGAGAAGUACAUCGCCGAACGAGACAGACGUCUUAAGCACGGCGGUGGCAUCAAUCAGUACAAGCUAGUAGAGACCAAUGGCCCCUUUGCUCACUACCUUCAGGACCCCUGGGUGGAACCUGGCUUCACUCGGGAGCCGGUCAAGGAAGAGGUCGAUGUGGUCGUUGUAGGUGGCGGCUAUGGCGCUCAGCUUGUUGCUGUCCGGUUGAUCGAAGCUGGUAUCACCAACAUCCGGAUGAUCGAGAAGGCGGGAGACUUCGGAGGCACGUGGUACUGGAAUAGAUAUCCUGGAGCUCAAUGCGACAUCGAAAGCUACAUCUACAUGCCCCUCAUCGAGGAACUGGGUUUCAUGCCGACGGAAAAGUAUGCUCGCGCAAAGGAGCUGCUGAAGCACUCCGAGCUGAUUGGCAAGAAAUGGGGACUCUACGAAAAGGCACUGUUCCAGACAGAAGUUCGAGGCUUGAGAUGGAACGAGUCAAAGGGCGUGUGGGGUGUCGAGACGAGUCGAGAUGAUGAUAUCAAAGCAAGAUUCAUCGUUCCAUGUGCUGGUCCUUUGCAUCGGCCGAAGCUACCAGGUGUCAAGGGCGUUGAUGAGUUCAAAGGCCAUAGCUUUCACUCCUCCCGCUGGGAUUACGGAUACACCGGAGGCGAUGUCAAGUCGGAAGGGGUCAACAGUGGAGAGCUGACCGGUCUGAAGGACAAGAGAGUUGGCAUCAUAGGCACUGGGGCCACUGCCGUGCAAAUUGUGCCAAAUUGUGCGAAAUAUGCAAAGGAGUUCUACGUCUUCCAGAGGACACCUUCCUCCAUCGAUGUCCGCGGCAACAGACCUACGGAUCCCGCUUGGGCUAAGAGUCUGGAUUCUGGAUGGCAAUCAGAGCGCAUGGAUAACUUCAAUGUCAUCGUCAAUGGCGGGAUCUUACCGAACGAUAUGGUUAAAGACGGAUGGACGUCUAUUCUCCAUAAGCUUCUUGCCAGAGGAUCUACUGCUGAUGCGGACGACCCCGAGAAAGCAGCGGCUGAGCGACAGAUGGCAGACUUUGAGAAGAUGGAGCAGGUCCGCGCACGUUGUGACGAAGUCGUGAAGGACAAGGCAACAGCUGAAAGCUUGAAGCCGUAUUACAAUCAGCUCUGCAAGCGGCCUUGCUUCCACGACGAGUACUUGCAGGCGUUCAACCGGGACAAUGUGCAUCUGAUUGAUACCAAAGGAGCCGGCAUCGACCGCAUUACCGAGAACGGCAUUGUAGCGAACGGAGAAGAGAUCGAGCUGGACUGUAUCAUCUAUGCAACAGGCUUUGAGCUUGCCACCGACUUCUCCCACCGCUCAAACAUGGAAGUCUACGGCCGUGACGGCAAGACAAUCACCGAAUGCUGGAAGAACGGUGCACGAACAUUGCAUGGCUGGACCACACGAGGCUUCCCAAACUGCUUCUGGAUCAGCAUCGUGCAGGCGGCCCUCACUCCCAACUUCAUCCACGUUACGAGUGAGCAGGCGACGCAUUUAGCGUACGUGAUCAGUAAUUGCAUGAAGAAGGGGGUCAGGACCGUAGAGCCAACAGAAGAGGCUGAGGAUGGCUGGGUUAAGACGAUUGUAGAACUUGUGGGCCUUCGAGCUGCAUUUCUGAAGGAGUGUACGCCUGGCUACUACAACAACGAGGGCACGCCUUCAGCAUCUGCAGCACAGAAUGCUGCUUAUGGCGGCGGAUCUCCUGCUUUUCUGAAGAUUCUCCAAGACUGGAGGACGAAAGAUGACUUCGAGGGCUUGGACGCCAGAAAAUUUGAAGAGUAA